CGAUAUCUUUCGACCUGCGGUGCGUCCCAGUGUGUCUCAGCGCUGUAGACACGAGAAAAAAAGUCCCAAGGUGGUGUGUGGGAAUGUGCCCUUCAUAAGACAAGCCUAUGGCAGCCUCUUCGAAUCACCAAAGUGGACGCCGACAUGCGACCAUGACCAACCACACGCCUUCUUUGCUCGGCCAGCAUGUAGAUGGCAUUCCCGGUGCAGAACUAGAGGAGACGAUACGGCCCAAACAGCUGCUUGAUCUGCCCGUCGAGAUUCUCAACGCCAUCCUGAAAGAGCUAAACCACACAAACGAUUUGACCUCACUUGCUCUAUGCCACUCGACUCUUCAUACUCUGGCCAUACCCUAUAUCUAUGGCAGAUUCGACAUCGUUUGGCCUGAUAAUGCAUCCAGUCCCGAACCUCGAGCCGGCGUUGAUGCUCUUACGUAUGGCCUCUCUACCCUGGUCAUGGCCGAGGAGGUCUUUGGCGGUCGUCGCGGACAGUCGAUAAAACAAAAUAUAAGACGACGACGUGGAAACCACUUCGCUUCCUUCACCAAGAAGUUCUCACUAGGCAACGGCCCACCGGAAUGGGUUCAAGAUUAUCUUAUUACGAAAGAAAGUGGAAAGAUGCUGAACACCCUUGUUGCCUUGGCUGUUGCUCGCAUGCGUAAUCUCGAGUCCUUCGUAUGGGAUAUGCCCACAGGCGUACUAAGUGCUGUGUGGGACAGCCUCUCGUCGUUAGGCGAUCAUGUCGACAACAAGCCAUGUCGCUUGGAACGAAUUGCUGUUCGCUGGCACGACAACUUUGUCGAGCCUCGUAAUGCUCCCGUUCAUAUUCCACGUCGAGAGGGUGAUGCAACUCCGCCGUUGAUUGCUCUGCAACAUGUCGAAAAUCCAUCAUUCUCGAUACUUCCCCCACUGAAAAGCAUCAGCGUACUUGACAUCGAUGAAGUUCAGUACCUCGAUGAGCUUAGCUUGCUCAUACAGCGAUCGGUAGACAAGCUUCGGGAGUUGCGUAUUGGCAUCGCUUCCCUUGCGAAGCAUCGAGAUUUCGCCAACGUGUGGGAAGGUGACAAUGUUCAACAGGUCGAUCGAGUAAAUCCAGUAAUGUCCUGCAUCACGAUUGGCGAAAAGCGACUUGGAGGCGUCCUCGGUAUCCUGACCGGUAUGAUCUUUGACUUGCGAUCUGUUGAACCUCAGACUACACGACCGACUAGGUUGAGGCGAAGGUCUAACGCAACUAUUGGUACACCACAAGUCGUAGGGGUUCCUGGCGGCAUCUCGACUAUACCAGCCACUGAAGCUGCUGUGGAUCCCAAUGUCGACUUGGACCCCACGUUAGAAACCAUCUCCGGGACACUCUCAGACGACAAUACUGAUGUGCAAGCGACUCCCAGCGUCGAGUACAUCCAAGCCCUACCUAAGACGUUCCUUCCUGCUACUACUACCUCUCCUUCGCAGCUUAGUACUACCAGCGGUCCACCAGAGAUAACUGUACCCCACCGCGCAAAAGGCGUCCCGAUAGCGCAGGACAAACAAUCUCCUGGUCAGAACGAUGACCAUACGCUAGCGCCGUCGAGAAAGCUUUCGUUAGAUGCACUUGAGCUCGAGGAUGUGCCCUUGUCCAUUCCGAUAUUGCUGAAUGCUAUCGACUGGAGUGUCUUGACCACUCUUACUCUGCUUAGCUGCCCGAAUCACGAGCACUUAUGGAAAGCUCUGCGUCGUCAAUAUUCAUCAAAGCCAUCACAAAGUAAACAGAAAUAUGUCUCGGGGCUGGUCGAUCCUUCGUUACAGGCAGCGUAUAAUGGCUCGAGCUCAGACACGAUGUUCAGGUUGAACCUGAAACACAUCUACACAGACACGGUGUCGACGCACCUAAUCUCGUUUAUCAAGGAUACUCUCGAGCCAAACAGCUUAGAGUCUGUGUUCUUCUUACAGGGCUCUUCGACCUCUUCAAAUGUAUCACUGGACACCAUCUUCAACGGCGUACUUCGUAGGCAUCGUACCAGUCUAAGGAAGAUAUUGAUAGAUAGUGGUGAAAAAGAUGCCGAGAACUUACCUGGAGCCAAUGCAAUCUGGCGUCAGUGGAUGUUUAACCGGGAGAUCAUCAAGUUUCUAGGCAAGAUGCCGUGCUUAAAGGAACUAGGAGCCGCAUUGGAUUAUCGAGAUUGGCACUUCUUCUUGCAGCAUCUGCCAUCUUUACUGAAGCUCCGCUCGCUCUAUAUACCGUUCAUCGUCAACUUGAAUCAAGGAGGUCCAGUCGAUACUCGAGAAAUAGCUCUUCAGAUUGUGGAUAUCGUGGCUUUGCGCCCAGAAUUGGAGAUCUGCUACCUUGGGAUCAUGAAGAAAUGUUUCGAGGUACUUGAACAACAACCGGGCACAGGGAAACCAACGAAUCAUGACAGGACUUCAAUCGAUGAUGACUCUGGCAGCGAGGAAGCAGAAGACGAGGACGAAGAUUCGGCCGACGAAGACGACGAUGAUGAAGACAACGAUGAUGACGAUGAUAGCGAGGAUACAGCCUCUGACACGACAGAUACCUACGAAGAUAGCGAACUCGGUGUGUAUGAGGACGACAAGGAGCUGCCGGCUUUGAGGCUGAGAGAGAUUCUUUACUACGACGAUAAAGUAUCAGUAUUUAGGGCUAGGCAUGGAAGACUAUGAUACUCUGUUAACAUGACUGGCGUACAGGAUGGUACAGGACACGGCUCAGGCCUGGUGUUUUCAGACUCUUCGGCUCUCUUAUAUUUGUUCGUUAAUAAGGCGCCUAAACUAAUGCUUAUCAUAAACUGGCCUCACA